CUUUCUCAGCUUCUCAUCCAUCCUUCGGUACUCAGGACCCGACUCUCCUGCCAAAAGUACUGGAAAAUCCCUUCUCCGAGCAGUCCUUUGCAAAGAUGAGUGAGCAGAACGUAGUUUAUGCAGAGAUGAAACAACCCAACCCAUCCCAGAAGCAAAAAAGGCAACAAAUAUAUCUGAAGAAAGAAGAUUCACUGUUUUCUCCCUGGCAGCUCCUGGCUGGGACUCUGGGGGUCCUGAGCCUGGGGCUUAUGGCGACUGUGCUAGCACUGGGGAACCUGAUGGCAAAACAACCUCCCAACCAAGAAUCUGAGAGAAUUUCUUCAGUUCCCAACACCACAUCCCAGAGAGAAUGUUACCCUGCCUCUUGUCCAGAGAAUUGGAUCUGGGACAGAAAUAGCUGUUACUACAUUUCUAAAGAAAGCAGAUCUUGGAAAGACAGUCAAAUGGACUGCAAGAAUAAGAAUUCCUGUCUCCUGAAGAUAGAUGACAGGGAAGAGUUGGAAAAUUUCUUGAAACAUUUGAAAUCGUACUACUGGAUUGGACUGAUUCAUAACGGCCCAACUGAAUCUUGGCUGUGGGAAGAUGGUACUGCUCUUUGCCCUGAUCUGUCGUCGAAGAUAGAGCGAUUCCCUAGAAGCAAAUGUGUGUAUUAUGGAUUGGAAAACGAAUUUUUACAUGAAAACUGUUCUUCUUCAGUGUUUUAUAUUUGUGAACAAAGUACUAGUUAUUCUUCUGAUGAAAAACACAAAUGCUGACUCAAAAAUCACUAAAAAUUAUGUGAUUGAAAAUCUUCAUUUCAAAGAAUUCCUAUAAUGCUCCAAACAACUCUAUUGUCUCU